AUGUCGUUUGAGAAUGCAGACUUUACUCAAAUUCUAGAUGACCUAUCAAGUCGUUUUAUAAUAAAUGUCCCCGAAGAGGAAUUGUCUUCCAUAGAACGUAUCUGCUUUCAAAUCGAACAGGCUCAUUGGUUCUAUGAAGAUUUUGUUCGUGAACAAAAUUCAAGCCUACCCAGCUUUACAUUAAAAGGCUUUUCUGCAAGAUAUAUCCUUUUUCUUUCCAAAUACUUGUCACAAUAA